AUGUCAGCUUUCCGCGCUGGCAUGGCCGCCCGCCCUGCUGUUCAAACUGCCCGAGCUGCAGCUUGCCGCUCUUUCGCUACUUCGCGCAGUAUGCGGAUGGCUGCCGUUUCUGAGAAGACGUUCUUUGCUGGCGAGCCAGAGGCUCCUACGGUCAAGACAGCUAUUCCUGGCCCUAAGACCAAGAGCCAUAUGGAUGAGCUCACCAAGGUCUUUGAUACUCGUAGCGCAAACAUGCUUGUCGACUACACCAAGAGCAAGGGCAACUACAUUGCCGACCCCGAUGGCAACGUGCUUCUCGAUGUCUUUGCUCAGAUUGCUUCAAUUGCAGUCGGCUAUAACAACCCUGCCCUUCUCAAGGCCGCCUCCAGCCCCGAGAUGGUGAACGCCAUUGUCAACCGGCCUGCCCUUGGAGCCUUCCCCUCUCACGACUGGGCCGAUCUUCUCAAGUCCAGUCUUCUCACUGUUGCUCCAAAGGGUCUGGAUAAUGUCUUCACUGCCAUGGCUGGCUCGGAUGCGAACGAGACUGCCUACAAGGCCGCCUUUAUGUGGCGCCGACAGCAGGAGCGUGGUGGCCCUGAGGUUGAUUUCAGCACCAAGGAACUUGACAGUGCUAUGGAUAACCAUGCCCCUGGAAGCCCUGAUCUUUCUAUUCUUUCUUUCAAGACCGGCUUCCACGGUCGUCUCUUUGGAUCGCUUUCUACUACCCGCUCCAAGGCUAUCCAUAAGGUCGACAUCCCUGCUUUCGAUUGGCCUCAAGCGACUUUCCCCAAGCUCAAAUAUCCUCUCGAGGAGAACGUGGAGGAGAACAAGAAGAUCGAGCAGGCUAGUCUCGAUGAAGUCGAGCACCUUAUUAAGAGCUGGCACCUGCCUCCUUGCGCCGUUGUCGUCGAGCCGGUCCAGAGUGAAGGUGGUGAUAACCACGCUUCGCCAGACUUCUUCCGCAAGCUGCGAGCCCUGACCAAGAAACAUAACAUUCUACUUAUUGUCGACGAAGUCCAAACUGGUAUCGGGGCUACUGGCAAGUUCUGGGCUCAUGAGCACUGGAACCUCGAGACACCCCCUGAUAUCGUGACCUUCUCCAAGAAGGCUCAAGCUGCCGGUUUCUACUAUGGCGACCCUGCUAUCCGUCCCAACAAGCCCUACAGACAGUUCAACACAUGGAUGGGUGACCCUGCUCGCGCCAUCCUCUUCAAAGCCAUUGUUGACGAAAUCAACAAGAACGACCUCGUCAACCACACCGCGCGAGUUGGUGAUCGCCUCUUCAAGGACCUCGAGUCUCUUAGCAAGAAGUACCCCGGUCAGAUCGAGAACCUCCGUGGCAAGGGUCAAGGUACAUUCAUUGCCUUUGACAGCCCCAAGCGUGACCAGUUCCUAGCAGAGGCCAAGAAACUGGGUGUGAACAUCGGUGGUAGCGGCGCCAGCGCCGUUCGUCUGCGACCUAUGCUCAUCUUCCAGCAGAAGCACGCUGAUAUCCUUGUGGACACAAUUGAGAAGAUUGUUAAGCAGUAA